CUAUUAGUCGGUUCCAUUGACGCAAUGUUAAUCAGCCAAUACGUGACAAUCUUAAGUUGGACUCUAUGGGUUUAACGCGUGCGCAUUGAAAACGAAAUGUGAGGAUGACUAAAAAGACAUAUUAGAAUGGUGGCUCAUAGCCGGUGGUAUAUUAUGCUGUGCUAUUAGAGAUAGAAAUUUCAUCAUAUUACGUGAUAAUUGAACAACACUAUAAAGAUGGCUUAUCAGUUAUUAUCCUCGGCUAAUAAAUUUGAAAAAUUUGUUUUAAAAUUUCUAAACAAAAAUUUGGAUACUCUUCAGUUAAGAAGAUCUUUAUCGUUGAUUAGGCCUGGCAAUGAAGCUAGUAUGUUUAUACAGUUGCAGCAACAAUGGAGGUUAUUAACAGAUGAAGUACCAAGAGGAUUUGAAAAGUUUUUCAAAGGUAAUAAGAAAAAUGCACCCAAAACUGAAGAAAAAGUUGCUAAUAAAGUUAAAGAAGGAUCAGCGAAACCGAGUCCAGAAGGAAAAUCAUCUAGCUCUAAGUCUGAGCCUUCACAGAAAUCAGAGUGGAAGUUCGAUUUUAAUUUUGAUGACAUUAGGAGUGGAAGAGAACCUAAUCAACGAAGUGUAAUGAAGCUUAUAAUGGGUGCAUGCCUUAUAUUUGGCAUGUGGGCAGUUAGUCAGGUAGUAGAGGCUGGAGUAGAAAUCUCGUGGAAGGACUUUUUGUCACAGUGUUUAAUGAAGAGAAAUAUUGAGAAAUUAGAGGUUGUUAAUAAACAGUGGGUUCGUGUGAAAUUGUUACCUGGUCACACAGUAAAUGGAUCAAAUGUUGUGUGGUUCACUAUUGGAAGUACUGAAACAUUUGAGAGGAACUUAGAAAAUGCACAAGCACAAUUAAAUAUAGAACCGCAGAAUCAUUUGUUGGUACUCUAUAAAGAUAAAGUGGAAGUGGUUCAUGUUUUACAACAUGUUCCACAGCUGUUACUGUGGGGACUGGCAAUAUACGCAUUUCGAAGGACAAUAAAAGGUAUCAGCGGCGUUAAAAGGGGUGGCGGACUGUUUGGUUCCGUAACGGAUUCUACAGCAAAAUUAAUUAAUUCUAAAGAUAUCGAUGUCCGAUUUAAAGAUGUCGCUGGAUGUGAAGAAGCAAAGAUUGAAAUUAUGGAAUUUGUAAAUUUCUUGAAAAAUCCUCAACAGUAUAUAGAUCUAGGUGCUAAAAUUCCUAAAGGCGCAAUACUGACGGGUCCGCCUGGUACUGGUAAAACGUUAUUGGCCAAGGCCACGGCUGGAGAAGCGAAUGUUCCUUUUAUUACAGUAUCAGGUUCAGAGUUUUUAGAACUGUUCGUCGGUGUUGGCCCCUCGAGAGUUCGGGACAUGUUCUCAAUGGCUCGAAAACAUGCUCCAUGUAUAUUAUUUAUUGACGAAAUUGAUGCCGUCGGAAGGAAAAGAGGUGGUCGGAAUCUCGGUAGUCAUUCAGAACAAGAAAAUACAUUGAAUCAACUUCUGGUUGAAAUGGAUGGUUUCAAUACAACAACUAAUGUAGUCGUAAUGGCGGCGACUAACAGGAUAGAUAUUUUAGACAGCGCGUUGUUACGACCUGGAAGAUUUGACAGGCAAAUCUUCGUUCCCGCUCCGGACAUUAAAGGACGAGCUUCCAUCUUCAAAGUGCACUUAGGGCCAUUAAAAACUACAAUAGAUAAAGACCAACUAGCUAGAAAAAUGGCUUCUUUAACCCCUGGUUUUACAGGUGCUGAUAUUGCAAAUGUAUGCAAUGAAGCGGCUUUAAUAGCGGCGAGAGAUAUGAACGAUAAUAUUCAACAUCAACAUUUUGAACAGGCUAUUGAAAGAGUUGUCGCCGGUAUGGAGAAGAAGACAAAUGUUUUGCAACCGGAGGAGAAAAAGAUUGUGGCGUAUCAUGAGGCUGGUCAUGCGGUGGCAGGCUGGUUUCUGGAGUACGCAGAUCCUCUUUUGAAAGUAUCCAUAAUUCCCCGUGGAAAAGGUUUAGGUUACGCUCAGUAUUUACCACGUGAACAGUAUCUUUACACAAAAGAACAAUUGUUCGAUAGAAUGUGCAUGACGCUCGGUGGACGAGUGUCUGAGGAAAUAUUUUUCGGUCGUAUAACAACGGGAGCGCAAGAUGAUUUGCAAAAGAUAACUCAAAAUGCGUACGCUCAAGUUAUUCAAUACGGUAUGAACGAGAAGGUUGGCAAUGUCAGCUUUCAAUUGCCGCGUGAAGGUGAGAUGGCAUUCGACAAACCGUACUCUGAACAUACUGCACAGCUAAUCGACAGCGAAGUGCGCGAUUUAAUUGAAAAAGCGCACCUGCGAACGCAGGAACUGCUCACAGAGCACAAGGAGAACGUGGCCAAGGUGGCUGAAAGGUUGUUGAAACAAGAAAUUCUAAGCAGAGAUGACAUGAUAGAAUUACUUGGGCCAAGACCGUUCCGCGAGAAGUCUACUUACGAGGAAUUCGUUGAAGGUACUGGAUCGUUCGAGGAAGACACCAGCCUACCGAAGGGUUUGCAGGAAUGGAAUAAAUCUAGGACAGACUCCAAGGAAGAAGAGAAAGAAACUAAAGCGUCUGCAGAAUCAAAACCACCUCCUCCUAGUGAUUCGAAAGAUCAGCAGCAACAGCAAGUAUAAUAAUACAAUUUUAGGAUAUAUAGUCUGCUAAGUACUUUGUAUUAUAGUUUGAAAAAUAUAACUGUAUUAAGGAAUAACACAGGAAAAUAUUUUCCACUGGAUCAAUUGUAAUUCUCAUAUUCUUAUAAGUCGAUGGCUGCCACGAUUUCAGUCCUGCUUGGAAUAGGCUUUCCCAUGGAAAGUGCAAUUUUCAUUUCUCUUUUAUAUACACGUAGUUCGGUCAACAUGGUUUUUCAUAAGUAAAGUGUAACAGCACAAUGAACGUAAUUACAUUUCACCGAGACCGGGACAAAUUUAUCGGGCUAAUGCAUUUAGAUACAUAACUUUUAUCGUACGUAUAAUCUUUUGUUACGCGUAACUGUACAUUUUUUACUCUGUAAAAAGGAGGACCCAGCUAUUGAGGUUUUAAGGGUGAAAGAAAUGAUAAGCCACGAUUUAUACUUUUUGCAACGUAUAAUUAAUAAAGUUUACAAAUGUAGUGCAAUUAAA